GGAGUGUUUUAAUAAAAAGCACAAUUUGACAAUCCCAGCUGGGGCUCUCCUCAUUCUCUCUCUAUCUAUCUUUGCCAUUCCCAGCUGGGUUUUUUGUCCAAGCCUCCAAGGGAUGAUGCUGUUGAAGAAAGAUGGUUUCUUUUGAGUUCGUAAGUCUCUCUUCCACCAAGCAUUUUUUUCCUCCUUGAUUGCGAAUUAUGUUGUUCAUUUUGAUUCAAGCUAAUUUUUUUUUUUUGGUGCAUUUGUGCUUUUCAUGUUCUACUUUGUCCUUCCUUGCUUCUGUCCUCUGAACUUUGCAUCGAGAUCUGGCAUUCUGCUGCUUAAUUUACUAAAUUCUGAGACUGAAACUUCUUCCCGGAACUCUUCCUAUAUGUUUUAACUUGCUUGUUUUAGAGACAUUUUUGCAAAUUUGGGCGUAUCUACUGGUUUUGCGUUAACCAGUAGAAUUUGUGAUGGUCUUCUGCUAUUUUGAUUCCUUUUAUUGUCAAAAUUUUGUGUCACAGAGUCUUUAAGAUUUCAUUUCACAUCUGGGAUUAUUUGCUAAAUAUCAUCCAAAGGACGAUUUGACUUGCAUAGUUAGUGCAAACUUUCAGCUCAUGAAUGCAAAUUUCUGGCUUAUUGGUUUCUUCUCUUAUAUACCUUCUCGCCGGAUUUUCAUCAUUCCUUUGUGGGAUGUUUUGUUUCAGGACUCUGGCAAACGAGAUUUUGAAGUCUUCUAUAUGUAUUGAGCAUUUGGAUAUAUACGUAGGCAUUGAUUGUUAUCAACUUGAAUUUGGAACUUUAUCCUUUAAAAUAUAAUUUCCAUUUUGUCCCGACCCCUUAAAGAAGGAUAGAUCUUGUGACGAACUGUUCUUGUUAAAAUUGACGGGAAUUUCUUGGCUGCUUGUGUGCUUAAAAUCUUCUCAUUAGCUUCGAGCAUUAUUUAGUAAAAAAAAUUGAUUUGUGCCUAUUUGAGACAUUGUGGAUAAUUGGAAUAUCUUGCCCAUGAUUAUAGGAAGCUGACAAAACAAAGAAUGUCAUUUCUGUUAAAGAAAGAAUGUAGGAUGGCUUUGUUUCAUUAUUUUUUGCUUAAAACUUUCUAGAGGUUCAGAAGGCAAAUUUGUAUGAAACUGUCUUGAUAAUACUGGAAUUCUGCCAUGAAAUUUUGGUAGAAAGAAGAUAUACGUCUGAGAAUGCUUCAUUGACUUGGAAAUUAUGUUUGCUUGCUCUCUGCUACAUGAUUGAGUUGAUAUAUAGCUUAUUUGAAGCUAGAAGUCUUUAUGUUUGGAUGUGUGGGAGGGAUUUUAAGUGAGAUUGUUGUUUCAAGGCUUGUGUCACCUAAUAGAAGGGAAAAGAAAGUUUUGCAGGCCAGUCAGAUAUGGCAAGAUGACAAAUUCCUCAUUCAUUAUUUCAUGUAAACUUGACUAUAAGGGUGUAUCAAGUGAGAAUUUGAGUUAGUGAUUGUGCACUCAUCUAUUUUUGACUACUUGGUGAAUUUGUAGUUCUGAGGAUCCAUCUUUGUGCCUCUGUCCCUCUCUCAAUCCCCUGAUAAAAGUGCUAGGGGAUCAAACAAAACUUGAAGGAAAACUUAGCUUAAAUUAUUCUUUUUUCUGGGGAAGGUUUGUUAGAACUAGUAUAAUAAUGUGCCUAAGUCAACUGCUAAAAUUGAUAGUUUUUUCAUUUGUAAAUGAAUAUCUCAAAGAGUGGGUCUAAGGGUUUAGGUCAUACUCCAGCUGGUUAGAAGCAGUCCUCCUGCAAUCAUAGAAUGUAAUUACCAAGUCUAGGUUAACUAAGGCUUGUGAAGGGAAAAAUACAAAAGCACGAUAUCAACAACCUAGCCUUUAUCCUAAUAUGAGAGGUCAGCUGUGGAGGGGAAAAUACUAACACAUUACACAAUAUUUGGAGUUGUUUCAAACAAAUUGGUUGGACUACUUAAUUAUUUAUACUAUUAUAAUCUAAUUUCUUUAUAUUUUAUUUGGUCUUGUAACUUACUAGUUGGUGGUAGAAGAGAAAGCUUUGGAAAUAACUUACAGCUACAUUGAUCAACACAAUUCCAGAACUCACUUUUCAGUUUGAUCUUUCAGGGUCAUUAUAGUUCAUUUCACUCCUUUGCUUCUUAUUUUCUCCUUAGUAUUAAGUCGACAAGAACUCACUGUGAAAGAGAAAUAUAUUGAUUGACUCUUUUUUUCUGAAUACUGUAAUCUUGGUUCUGCUAAGUGCUUAUGAAGCAAGUCGUAUGGCUGGAGCAGAAAUUUUCCUAUUUAUCUAUUUCAAGCACGCUUGAAGAGUGUCAAUUCUUUUAUGAGGGACCAUGUUCAGUCACUUUCAUUUUCUUUUUCAAUUCCUUUUAUGUGUGGCCUAUCACUAUGUUAGUCUUUUGCAUUAUUAUAUCUGUAUUGUUGUUGAUAGGCCAUCUCUUAUAUUCUUUAUUGCCUUCUAACUUGGCCUGAUUUUUUAUUGUUUAUUUUAGAUCAAAAUUUGAUGGUCCUUUGGUAGACUUCCAAUUCUACCACCAAAAGAACCAUGACAUUGGGAUCAAAGAAAGGAUGGAAGUCAAUAGUGCCCCUUCGUCUAAAAGGCAAAUCAACUCCUCGGUUUUGUUUAUUCUCCAAAGUGAAGCCUGCUAGUUACGGCCCUGGCAAGACACCAGUUUAUUUAAAUGUGUACGACUUGACACCGAUGAAUGGCUAUGUAUAUUGGGCUGGCUUAGGUGUAUUCCACUCCGGUGUUGAAGUUCACGGUGUGGAAUAUGCAUUUGGAGCUCAUGACUAUCCAACAAGUGGGGUAUUCGAAGUUGAACCACGCCAAUGUCCAGGCUUCAAGUUCAGGAAGUCAAUAUUUAUUGGAACCACGUCCUUAGACGCGACCCAAGUUAGGGAAUUCAUGGAGCGACAAGCUGCAAGCUACAAUGGUGACACGUAUCACUUGAUUGUCAAGAACUGUAAUCAUUUCUGCACAGAUAUAUGCUAUAAGCUUACUGGGAGAAAAAUUCCAAAAUGGGUCAACCGUUUGGCAAAAUUAGGUUCAACCUUUAAUUGUGUGCUUCCUGAGUCCCUGAAAAUUACAGCGGUGCAACACGAACCUCAUGGCUCUAAUUACCAAGAAUGUGAUAACGAGAAGAGAAGGCUGAGAAGUUCUUUCAGUUGUUUGUCGUCGAUUUCAACAAGGCAUAAGCAGUUGUCGACAUCUUCGUUAUUCCUACAGUCCCCUUUGAAAGGUUGCUUGCCACCGUGGGAAUUGAAAAGGUCGCAUAAUGGAUCAUUGAAGGAAAGAUAAUGGACUUUCUUGGGCUCAGUUUCUCAUGUAGUGUUGUAACUUUGUAAUUUUAACCUGUGUAACCUUACUGUUUGGCAAAAGAUGCCCUUUAGUGGGGAGUAGAAUUUUGUGAUGUAUUGUGCCUCUUUCUCUCUCUUUAUCAACGAUGGAAUAUAAGUACAUGUUUCAGUUAGAUUUAGAAGGAAAUGAAGUUGGAUGAACAAGCUGUGAAAUAACGCCAGAUUUGAUGGAAAUUUGCCAUUCUUUCCUAACAUUCUUGAUCAUUUUUCUUGGCUAACUCUUGGCUAUAAUGUCCAUCUAAAUCUUU